AUGUAUUUACAAAGCGUGUUAAAAAGUUCAACGACGCACGGGCUGCCCUACAUCGUAGAUAAUCGCUUACAUUAUUUAGAGAAGGCUUUUUGGAUUGUUAAUAUCGUUGUUUGUUUUACUAUAAUGAUUGCAUUACUAACUCUGCAAUACCUAAGAUUUGUCGCUGCGCCAACUGUUAUGAUUGUAGAACGAAACUAUUUUGAUUGGAAUAUUACUUACCCCGCUAUAACACUUUGUCCACUUUACAAACCUGAUGUUAUAAAAUUGGGGAAAUUGAUCAACGAUACCAGUGAAAAAACAGAAUUAAACGUGAAAGGUUAUGUGUGGGCGAUAGCUCAAGCUGCUUUGGAUACUCUCGAUUUUUUGGAUUUAGAUCCUCCGAAUGAAUUUCAGCUGUUAAUCGAUCCAAAAAAUUACGCGAAAGUGGCGGCUUCGCUGUUCCGAGAUUUCGAAGAAGAUUGGCUGGCCAGUAAGGCCAACAAAGCACUCUCUGUGAAUGCUGCCAUGACUGAGAUGGGAAUGUGCCAUGUAAUUAAUUCCAAUGUCGCUAUCUUUGACAACCCUCACAAUUGGAAUAGCGCAGCUAUCGCAGCCGAAACUUACUUAAAGAAAAAUAUUGAUCUCUCUAUAUUUGAAGCAGACUUCUUUACUUUGAUAACAAAUUAUGAGUCCGUUUAUAAGGUGUUUAUCCAUGGCCCCGAUGAAGUCACGAUGACUACUGGGUCCUCGUUCAUCUUCGACGUAGAGGGUUUCAUAUCCUUCGGUUUGUCAGUAUGGAGCACAAGAAUAUCGGAAGGAUUGCGUAACAAAUCACUACGAUUACGGAAAUGCCGAUUCACUCAUGAACCAAUAAGCAAGCGAUACCCAGUCUAUUCAUUCAACCAUUGCAUAUUGGAGUGUAGAAUCAAAAUGAUACUGAGGAUAUGUGGAUGUAUUCCCCAUUUCUAUAAACCUUUGAAUAAUGAACGUGUAUGUUACAUAUCAGAGCUAAAAUGCGUUCUGAAACAUAGACGAGAAAUAAUUACUUUGAAAACCUCAGAAGAAACUUACAAAAAGUUUUAUAAUACCAAGGACCUCCCGAAGAUAUCCCGAGAUUGUGGUUGUCUAAACAGCUGUGAACUCGAUCUGUAUUAUAAAGACAAUGAAGACUUUUUACCGGGAAAAGGACUGAAUAAAUUAAAAAUCAAAAUCACGUCGUUUCCUAAGGUCCGGGUAGUACGGGAUGUCAUCUUCAGCCUUUAUGAUAUUGUGUUAAAGAGUGGCGGUGUGAUGAAUCUGUGCAUCGGUAGCUCGCUAAUUUCUUUAGUAGAAUUCCUAUUAGAAAUCGUUAAGUUUAUUCUAUAUUUUCCAUUAAAAGCAUUCAAAUCAAUUUAUUAA